ACUAGCCAUUAAUUGCAGUACAUUAGCCAUCAGUAAAAGUCGGGAUAUUCCAGUAUCUUUUUCAAUGUGGGCGUGUUUAACAUUAUACACCACACCUACCCACGUGGUGCCACCAUGGCUGCAUCUGCUAAAAGUUUUGAAGAAAGAAAGAAGUGUCCUUUCUGCCAUCUGUCUUACCAGUUUUCAUCUUCACUUUCAAAGCAUGUUAAGGAGAAACAUAGCAAUGAGAAAAGCGUCAAAGAUUCUCACGUUUUCUGCAAUUUAUGCGGCUCAAUGGUUUUAAGUGUGGCAAAGCUAAUUGAGCAUCUUCAUCAAAUCCACAACAAGGAAAUCAAAAUAACAAACCAUGAAUUUCGUUCUAUUGAUAAGUUUUAUGAGUGGAAGAAAGGGGAAGAAAGUCAUUCAAAGUCUUUUUAUGUCAAGAACAGUGCCAGUCGCAUGCAAGGUCUUAACAGGAAAUCCUAUUAUUAUUGUAACAGGUCUGGUGUGGUGCGUCAGUCGAAAGAGAAACGUCAGAGAGCUCCCAAGGUUCAAGGUUCCUGUAAAACAAAUGAAUACUGUACUGCACACAUGACAGUGAUUGAGGAUACUAUUACGAAGAUGGUUAAAGUCACUUAUUGCAGUCAUCAUAGUAAUCACAAACCAGAGGUAUGUCAUUUGAGAGUACCUGAUAAAGUAAAGAAUGCUGUUGCAGCUAAGCUAGCUGAAGGAGUAACAAUUGAAAGAAUACUGGAUGAUAUUAGAGACAGUGUAACUGGUACUAUUGAAAGGGAGCAUCUUAUGAAUCGUCAGGAUGUUCACAACAUUGAAUACAAACUUAAUCUUCAAAGUAUCAAGAAACAUCAAAAUGAUCAUUCAAGUAUAGUAGCAUGGGUUACUGAAAUGCAGGAAAUGGAAUGUCAAAUGAGAAUGAUCAUGAUAACAUCGAUACAACAGUAGUAGCUGAAUCACCAAUUGCAGAUCUAUCCACAGAUCACUCAACAUCUUUAUCACUUACAGAACAUUCUACACUAGCACCAAAUGAGGAUGCUGUACAAGAAGAAAAUCAGCUUGCCUAUUAUUCUAGACUUUUACAGUCAAGGAAAGAAAGUUCACUUUUAGAAAGCAAGGAACUGUUUUGGAGGAAAGUUUCAGAAAUGCAGAUUUUAAUGGACUCAUGUAAUGAUAUCGAUACAAUUUCUUCUGUGGUUUCACAUUUGUCAUCUGCAAUUUGCCUUUUAAAAGCUAAAAAUUUGCGUGACAAAAAUAAUAGAGAACAAGUUUUGCCAAUUCGAAAAAGGCCAGCACCAAAUUCAAACAGUGAGAAACAAUUAAGGUUUCGAAAUACUAAGAAGAAGAGGGUAUCGUUAUCAAGAUGGGCUAAGCCUACUUCAGAGCAGGAGAAGAGAGCAAAGGAGAAUAUGUUAAUGACGUCAAACUCGAUUGAAGUUUGUGGUGUAUGUCUUAAAGUAGAUGAUCAAAAUCAAGAGGAUGUAGUUGAGUGGAUAGAAUGUGAAAAAUGUAAUUUAUGGGUACAUGUAGCUUGUUCACAUGACAAUGUGUGUGUGCAUUGUAUGAAGAUCAGAGCCUAACAUUAAACCUCCAUUUUUGUUACCAAUACUGUCUUUAUAGCUCUGUCUCUCUCACUCACAUCAAUUAUGAGUUAUAACAUUAAUUAUUUUGCUUGCACUGUAUUAAUUAUCAGUUGUAACAUUAAUUUUUUGCUUGCACUGUAUUUUAGCCUAGAUAGUAAUAACUAUUGUGUAAAAUUAUAACUAUAGUAAAGCACAGAGUCAAUAAUUACACUCUAAAAAAGUAUUAUAUGUUAUGGUUGUGGAUAAAUGUCUUCACUUGUAUGACUUGUCUUGAUAAACAUGAUCAUUGUAAAGAAAAA